GCGCGCGGUUUGGGUGUAAAGUUUUAGUGACAGAAACAAACAAACGAACAAACAGAGUUACUGUCAAAUAAAAUCGUGUUUGAGACGUUAGGCCGGUCUGUGGGACUGAAGCAGCGGCGGGGACAGCAUGUCCUCAGCGGGGACAUGGACUGCGACCAGCUGGAGCUCCACCCGCGGAUCAUAGCGGCCGUCCGGAGAGCUAAACUGAAGUCCGUCAGGGACGUGUUGUGUGUUUCUGGUCCAAACCUGCAGAGACUCACCGGCCUGUCACGCUCAGACGUCCAGCAGCUGCUCACCGCCGCCGCCACCACCUGCAGACGUCACCCUCCAACCCCAGCCCUCCUCCUCCAGCGUGGAGAGUGUGGCGGGUUCAAGUCUGACCUCAGACUCAGUGUCGGGUGUCCCGUACUGGACGAGCUGCUGAGGGGGGGUCUACCUGCGGGCGGCAUCACUGAGGUGUCGGGAGAGAGCGGAGCGGGGAAGACUCAGUUGGCUCUGCAGCUCUGUCUGUCUGUGCAGUACCCGAUAGAGUACAGAGGGCUGAACUCAGGAGCGGUGUACAUCUGCACUGAGGACUCGUUUCCCAACAGACGUCUGCAGCAGCUGAUCAGAGAACAGUCCAGUCUGCGCACCGACGUCCCUCCGUCCCUGAUCAGCAGCCUCCAGUUCAGUGACCACAUCUACAUCGAACAUGCUGCCGACCUGGACUCGCUGCAGGUGUGUCUGUCCCGCCGUGUCCCCCUGCUGCUGGCUCGCGGUCUGGUCCGCCUCCUGGUGGUGGACUCUGUGGCGGCUCUCUUCAGGGCUGAGUUCCAGGCUGCUGAUUGGCUGGAGAGGAGCAAACAACUGAUCACCUUCUCCUCCACACUGCACCACCUGAGCCUGGAGUUCACCACACCUGUCCUCUGCAUCAACCAGGUGACGGAUGUUUUCAGCAGCUCAGACGACAGUUUGGGCCCUCUGUCCUCCAGCGUGUCCCCAGCUCUGGGUUUGGUCUGGGCCAAUCAGGUGAUGGUUCGGCUGAUGAUGCGGCGUCUUCAGGGGACAGUCGCCCGUGGCAACCAGAGCAGUGCCCUCCGCAGGCUGGAGGUGGUGUUUGCUCCUCACCUGGCCCGAGAUGGGCGAGACGCCGCUGUGUGGAGAGAGGGGGUCCGAGGAGUUCAGACAUGAUCUGACAGUCCAGAUUAAACCUUUGUAAAUACAUGUAAACAUGUGUAAACAUAUAUAAACGUGAGUGUAUAAAGUGAGGCAUGUGAGAGCUGAUGACAUUAAAGGUUAUAAAUGAGAUGAUGUCACUGUUUGGGUCGUUAUGUGCAGUGUGACCGUCGGAGGUGAAACUGAACUCAGGUCAGAUUUUAAAUGAACUGAUGAGAAAACAUGUUCAUGAGUCUCUGGACAGCAGCUGUAUUUACUCUGAUCAGCUUUAUUGAUCCUCCUUCAGUUUCAUGUCAGCUGAUCACAGAAUGAUUACCAUGUAAUAUUACAGAGGUACAAACACUACAUGUUAGAACACUAUUUGUUUCUCUGAAUUACUCUGAUGAUUAAACCACCUUUUAUAUUCUGGAGCUUUCAGCCUGUCUCACUGUCUUCAUCACUGGAUCAUUUUGUUCAAUAAAUAUUGAUGUUUAAGAUGUUUUUCUGUUGUAAAUAAACUUUUAUGAUUAAAGUUCAAA